AUGAGUGGAAUCACUGCAAUGAUCAAAGCGGCCAUUCUGAUGAAUUCUGCCCGUGUACUCCAAUGCUUAAGCGGAGAGAAGAGGUCCCUCGGUCUCUAUACGCUUGGCUUCUCCUAUUAUGCGGAGAUGUACCUCGGCUUCGAAGAAGCAUGGGGAGACCUUAGGGACUGGAUUGCCAAGUAUCCCUGCAGCUUAACUAGUCUCACUUACGAAAAGAAAAUCUCGGAUCUCUCAAAGCUUCUUAGCAUGGUCGACCUUUAUCGGACCGAGCGGCUUAUAGAAGAUCUUAGGAGACUACACUCCUCUUACCCCACCAUAACCAAUCUGACUACCAAUGAGUCGCACGACAUGCAGAUAAAAGACGUCAUCAAACGCCGCAUAAAUGAGAACCCGCACAAACUGCUCGCCCUGAUGGAUGACCUGAACGCGGUCCUCUAG